AUGGACCAUGACACGCUUAACACGGCGUCAACAUAUCUGAACAAUCUCCUCUUAGCUCGAGGUCUGCUCCGAGAUAGCAAACCUCUUGAUUUCGCCAAACCGACUCGAGAGACACGAGCUCAGAUCAUCAACCUUGUCCACGACCUCCUCUUGCGACGCGACCGAGACCAAGAGAACCGCGAGCAGAUCGCCUUGACUCUUCGCACUCUCCGGACUGACCAGACCCGCAAAGAUGGCGACCUCGAACGACUACAAACCCGACUCGAUGCCCAAGAGCGCUCCCUGCAGCAAGCUCAAACCGAAGCCAGAAACGCUAAGAUCGAAAUGCGCAAACUCGAGUCGACCACAAAAGCAUUGAACGACCAACUUGGUCGACUGAAAGCCUCCGUCUCGCAGAUCAAAACACAAUGUGCCAACGAUGUACGGAAGCGCGACAUGCACAUCGAGCGCCUCAAAUCACAUCUCCAAGGCCAACAGAGAGGCAACAAAGGCGGUCUUGUUGCUCCUACCAUCUCUGUCGGCGGUAGAGGUCCACACUCGUUCAAUGCGUCAGUGCGAGACAUCUCGGACCCAGAGUACAACCUGAAGCAAGAGACGACAGACUUCCUCACACAGCUAAGCUCCGGACUGAGCGAUGAGAACGACGCUCUGAUCGAGAUGAUCCGCGGAACACUGGCCACAUUAAGAGAACUACUUGGGGUACCAGAACAGAACUUGGACAACACUGUCGACGGCAUUGAGAACGAAGAUGGCACACUUGGCUUUGCACACGGCUCUCUUGCCGAAGAGCUCGACUCAAUGCUUGAUACACUCAAGACUGUCUUGACAAAUCCCAACUUUGUCUCGAUGGACGAGGUGGAAGCAAGAGAUGACGAGAUCGCACGACUGAGAGAAGGCUGGGACCAGAUGGAGUCAAGAUGGAGAGAUCUGCUCUUCAUGAUGAACGGAUGGUGCACACGGCUGGAGAAGAGCGGCGACACUAUCAACCUUGACGAACUUAAGAAGGGUCUCGGCUUGGGUGUUGGCCUCGAGGCGCCUCCGACUGCUCAGAAGCUCCGUGCCAGCCAACAUGCUCGCUCCAACAGUGAUCAUGACAGCGGUAUCCACACCCUGAGUCCGACCCCUUCAGAAAGCCAUGCCGCCCCACCGAGUACUGCAAAAUCUCAGAGAAGCAUAGACCCACCAGAGUUCUUCAACCUCAAUCCUCGAGGACAGCGUACGCUCAACAAAAUGAGUCACAAUGUCCAAUCGCCGCGCAAAGUUGCAUUUGCCAUGGAUGCCUCCGAGAAUACCGACCCGGCCGAGCCAGCCCCAGGCACACUCGAUACGCCCGUCUUCGCUAAGCCUUCUGCGACCAGAUCCUCGCUUCCCACACGCCGCCAACUAGAACUCACUCCGUCCGCUGCCUCACAUGACAGACUCCCUUCUCGAUCACGCGGCUCUUCACCGCCACGAAGACCUGUGGACUCUCCAUCGGAGCACUUGCCGCAAGGGGAAGACGAAGAGUAUCGGGAAGAAGAUGGUUCUCGAAUGUCGGUCGAGGAAAAGCUGCGCCUUGCACAAGCUGAAGCUGAAGCUGCAGGUGGAGCACUAACCAAGGGACUAGAUGAGGCCUCGCAAUUUGACAUCGACCUCGAUGAGGAGAUGAGCAAGCUACGAAGUCCUGCGAAGAAGACCAAGAUUCAAGGCAGGCCGAAGCGUAGGAAGAGCACCCUCAGUCCGGAAGAACUGGAGGAUCUUCUAGGACUAGAGUAA